CGUUUCUCCUCCCGGAGUCAUCUGUUUGUUAUAAUUGUUGCUGCUGGCAACCAACAGGCACAGAUGCACAGAACGCCGCGCGCUUGUGUUUGGGUUUUCACUCAACGCAUGACGUGAAAUUGAAGCGUCAGUAAGAUGGAGUCUGCUGUGGUGGCAGAUGGCGUGUCUGCCCCUCUCCCAGGCAGAUGUGCCUAUUUCGUGGAGAAGAAGAAAAGAUACUGUAAAAUGGUUGUUGGAAGUGGCAAAGCAUAUUGUGGCGAGCAUGCCAAUGUCGAUCAAGAAAGCGCCAGGAAGAGAAUACCAUGCCCACUAGACCCCAAACACACAGUCUAUGAAGACAUUCUGGCAAAGCACUUGAAAAAGUGCAACUCAAAGGAGAAACCCAAACCUGUUUAUUAUGUGAAAGACAUUAACGCUGGGCCAGUUACAGUCCCAGUCCCUGUGUCAGAUGAGGUAUCACUGGCUGACCGCUCUCAAAAGGAGAUGGAGCAUCUAAUUCAGAAGCUUAAAAAUGCUGUGAAAGGACUCAGUGUGAAACACAAGGAGAGCAUACUGUCCCACCCUGUUCUCAAAGAACCUUUGAAUGACCCCAAAAAUGGAGACUUUGCCUGCAAACACCUGAAGCAACAGGCUUCUAUUCUGGGGAACAUGGAGGCUCUGAGCCUGCUUGGUUCACACAGGUGUGUGGUGGAGUUUGGUGCGGGUAAGGGGAAGCUGUCCCACUGGAUCCACACGGCCCUGGGAACAGCAGAGGACGUCCACUUCCUGCUGGUGGAGAGAUCCACGACGCGCUUCAAAGUAGAUGGCAAGAACAGAAGUACCGACUCCACAUUUGAAAGGCUGCAGGUGGAUAUUCAGCACCUUGACUUGAGUAAAGUGUCCCUCCUCCAGGAAAAACACCUGCCUGUGGUGGGGGUGGGCAAACACCUGUGUGGCGCUGCGACAGACCUGGCUCUGCGGUGUCUGCUGGAGAGAUCAGUGCCAGGUGAUGAUGGCGACGAGCCGUCUAGUAAGCGCGUGAGAGCGGACAUCGCGAGGGAGGGCUCGGUGGCCGCUCCGUCCCAGCAGCCGGAGGUGGGCGGAGUGGCCAUCGCUCUGUGCUGCCACCACCGCUGCGACUGGCAGCACUACGUGGGCCAAGAGUUCUUCCGCCAGCGCGGCCUCGGGGCGGCCGAGUUCGGGGCCUUCCAGCGCAUGUCCAGCUGGGCCACGUGUGGCAUGAGCCGAGCCGGUGGGCACAGAGAGGGCACAGCAGUGGCCAGCGCGGGCAUCACAGAGGGCACCACAGAGGGCACCGCGGGCCCCGACACAGCUGAGGAAGAAGAGGAGGAGCACGAGGGAGGGGAAGAAACCGGACCAGACCACCUGGACAGCUUGUCUGUGGAGGAGCGUGAGCACAUCGGCCGGCUGUGUAAGUUGCUGAUUGACCAGGGCAGAGUCCACUACCUGCAGCAGCGAGGCCUGGAGGCCGGCCUGAGGUCCUACACCACUCCGGACAUCUCGCUGGAGAACGUGCUGCUCACCGCUGUGCCCCGCCCCGGCCACACAGGGGCGCCGCUACUGAUAUAGUAAGGGACCAGGCUUACAUCAUCAAGAGGGGACAGCGUCUCGUGCCGCUGCUGAUAUAGCAAGGGACCAGGCUUACAUCAUCAAGAGGGGACAGCGUCACCUCCGACUUGUUUUUGUUCCUCUUCUGAUUGGCCAAUGAGGCAGCUGCAGGACUCCACUGGGAGUCCUGAGUUUCAUCCAUGUUUUAUUUGUUUUGAGGUGUGGGUAUGGGUUAGAUAUCAGAAAAGACUCCUACGUGUCAUCACUGGCGUGACAUCACACACAACACUGGACGAGCAUCGGCUGGCAGGUGAACAAAACACACAAACAACAAUACACACUCUCCUGCUAACGACAACUAUAGACACACACUUUUUUGCUGACAUCAUCACAUCAUGAGCCAUUCAUUAGGAGCAUAAAAGGGACAUGUGUUCAAACAUGACAAGAAGGACAGGACAAAAACAUGGCCGCCAGGAAGCAGGGAGGACAUGGCCGCCUGACAGGAAGCAGGAAGGACAGGACACGGACAAUGGCCGCCUGACAGGAAGCAGGAAGUGCAGAGGCCAACAUGAAGGACAGUCAGGAGAGUGGUGGCGCCUCACACACAUCUUCCAGCGUCACAUUCAGCACUGACGUAAACGUGGCCUGGGAGUCUGCAACACAGACGAGACAUGAGACAUGUUCAGCAUACACACAUCAACACAUGACAUGACUGUUCAGCGUACACACAACAUAUAUUUACACAUAUUUUUCACAGUGAUUUGUGCCUGUUUAAGUAGUGUCUCAGGCGUGUGUGUGUGGUGUGUGUGUGUGUCUGCGUGUGUGCGUGCGUGCGUGCGUUUAGUCUCUCAUCCUAAUGCAUAGUGCAUGUUGAGCGCGGCGAGACCUCUCUUGCGCGAUUCCCUGAUGUACAGCUGCAUGAACUCUCGUCCGAACAUCUCCCUGUCGUCGUCGUCCUCCGGACCCUCGGCCGCCGCCUCCGGCAGCGUCACGUCCCACGUCAGAGGGUUGUCACGGAAAUUCACAAACCUGCCCACACAAAGAUCUCAUUUUAGGAUUUACAUUUUAACCAUCAACCAGACUUUAUUUUUUUUUACAUGAAACUACUCAUACUGAGUGCAGGCUCAUCAUUAAGCCUCAUACUGCUUAAGUAGUUAUUCCCAACCCCUGUAUUUUAUUCUCAUUGUUUAUAUUUUGAUUUUUUUUUUUUUUUUUUAUCUCUGGUUGUUUUGUGUAUUGAGUGUUUUAUGAGUGGCUGGUUUAACUGUUUUGUAUUUUCUGUACUGUGCUUGUGAGCUCACAAGGGCAAAUCCCAAUCCACCACUUUGAUACGGGAAUAAAGUAUUGAAUCUGAAAUCUUA